GCAUUUCCCCCUCCCGCCACCCUCGGACGGACGCAGAGCGCUCCCCUCCGCCAACCCUCGGGCUGGGCUCUCCUCCGCAGCCGACCCCAUUCCCCUCCGAAGGGUCCCCCCAGUCCAAGGCUGCAGGGUGUCGGGGUCUAGGCUCAGAAACCGCCUUGAGCAGCGACAAUGAGCUGCAACCCGGACAGCCAAGAGAGCGAGCGCCAGUCGCAGGAAGAAGGGAGCAGUGGUUACGAUACUCUCUCUUCACAAGAUAGAGAAAGUAUAUCAGAGAGUCCUGCUUCUUCUCAGGAUACUGCUCCAGGCUCCAGAUCAGGAGAAGAUAGUUCUGAGAGUGGUUCUGAAACAGAGUCUGAGAGUGAAGAGUCACAGCUGGAAAUAGGAAAGUCAAGUGAGGAGCAGACUGAGUCUUCCGCCGAGGAAUUUUUAUUCUCCCAAGUGGAAGAGCUGACGAAGGAAGAAUUCCAGGCUCCUUUGCUAUCAGAGUUCGGCUGCCCUCGUGCUCAGUGUAAACACUGUAUCACUGACACGAAGCAGCAUGAGCAGGUGAUGCCCAGGCUGCUUUCCGGGGGACAAUUUUUGUUGAAGGCAGACUGUGAAGGAACAUACCAGUGUGCCCACACAGGCCUGAUCUUUGAAGUCAACAAGAAGACUGACAUCAAGUACUCUGUUUUGUCCUGGAGCAAGUACGCUGACUUGGUGGUGAAGCCUUGGAUUGUCGGUGGGCCCUUGUUUGACGUGAAAUGUGACCCAGCCAUUCUCAUCUCCAUCCAGUUCCCACAUUCCCUUUGCUUGGGCCACCAUGAAUCCUUGAUGACAUUCAAAGUGUUCCACAUCACAAAGUCUGGUCCUGCUCUUGAAUCCACCGUAGAUCACUCCACCACCCACGUCAAAUGGCAUGUGAGCUCCCUCUCUCCAGUGGGGCCAGUCAUUCAAACCCAGGAAACUGUGCAACAUCACGGGGCAGUGAUUCUAUACAAAGUUAUUGACAGCCACCCAUCCUUGUCGUUUCGAGUUUAUGUGGCCACAAAUAACGACUCCUUCAUCAGGGAUAUUGCCAGAGCUGUCAAACACUCUUCUAAGAAGUUCAUGAAGAUUGACAAGCCUCCCGUGUGCCUGAAACUACUGGAGAAUGGGAAGCGAUACCGCCUGGUCAGUGAGCCAGAGGCCGAGAUCACCCCAGAGGAAAUUGAAUUUGUCGACGGUUCCCUUCUAAAGUUGAAAAGUUACAUCGAAGUCUUUUUGGAGCAACCUUUGGAGUUUAAGUUGUCUUUGGUUGAACUGGAUUCUGAGGAAAUUGUAUGGAAAGCAAAACUCCGAGAAUGUGACUGGGUCCAACAUGAUCAGAACCAGAACAUUCAGAAAAAUGGCACAAACCUUAACAGAAGGCGGAAAAUAAGCGACAGUUUACCUGAAGGAGAGAAUUACGUGAAAAGAAUGAAGCAGAUUGAUACUUCAGAUCCCAUCAAGAAGGAGGCUCUAUCAGAUAAGCAAUUGAUGACUCUUGCUAGGAAGUUUGGGAAGGAGUGGAUUCAACUUGGCAUUGCCAACUUGGGAUUAGAAAUUGCUGACAUUGAUGCCAUUCAGGAAAAUUGUGAAGACAUUACAGUUUGCAAGUUCAGAAUGCUGAAGAAAUGGCAGGAGAGGGAACGGAAGAAUGCAACAGCCAGGAAUCUGUACAAUUGCCUGGAAAGUGAUGCUUCCAUCGAGGUCCAUGAUAUCCUGAAAGGUUUCAUGGAGUAGAUGUGAGAUCUUGGAAGAGCACCUACAAAAAGGCAACCUCAGGAAGCUUUCCAAAGAGUUCAGACCAUUCCAAGCAUCCAUUAGGUGAUGCGGCUUUGCAAUUACAAGCCAGGGAUAAAGCUGUUGUGGUGUUUCAAGGACAACCAUGUUUUCCAGGUCAAAUAAAGCUGAGGAAAAAUGGAAGAUGAACUGGGCCAGAAAACUUGAGAACAGGGAAGGAGGAAAGAGUCUAGAAUGUUGAGAAUAUUCUUCCUCUCUCCCUUCUUUCCCCAAAUCAAUGUAGCAUUUGCUUAGAUCUUCCAUAGUACUUGAACAAUCUUGACCUUUUAGCUGCAGGUGAAACAUGAUCAUUUUUCUUAGGGAAACUGUGAACCAAAAAAUCUGCGUUGGACCUUUGAAGCCUGUUUAGCUGAAAGUGGUGACCAUGUUCUUCGUGUUCAUUUCAGUUAGCUUUCCCAUUGGCUUUAUUAAAAAAAUGCACCUUCUGUCUGUUAUUUAAUACAGAACCUGACGUACACACCUACACAAUGCACACCAGCACACGUACUCCUUGUUUGUCCUGGGAUUCUUUCCACCCCAGGGCAAGUGUAUUUUUCCUGUGGGACUUCAUCUUCAUGUAUACCAGGGCUGUGCCUUGGGAUUGAUGGCAGACGGCCUACUUUCUUUAAGUUGUUGAAUCAUGUUCAUCCUCACUCAGGGUGAAAGGAAAGGAAUGGAACUUCCUUCUACCUUCAUGACCAUGCAGGUAAUGAGCAUAGACUAAAAACAUGGUCUUCAGCUGCCAAAGAAUUUCAGGCUGUACAUUUCCAAUGGGUGUGCAUACAAGCCAACCACUACAGUUACUUAACUUUCAAACUGAGAUUCCUGCCUUGCCAGUGGCAAGAUGCUGAGCCCUCAGCAGAGCCAAGGAAAAAUUGUUAUCUCUUCUUGUGGAAGACUUUCCCCAAGGAAUUAUAGACCACAUUGGUUCUCUUUGGUUAUUGAUUUGUUCUUUUGUAUGCUAUUAUUGUAAACCCCCUGAAUCUGGUUUAUUUGGGGGGCAGAGAUUGAAAUGUUGACUGUCUUGAACAAUUGUACCAUCUACAGUCAUGUAUGAGAAGCCGGAAUGACGAGGAGGUCUUUGGUCUAUAUAAUUCCCCAAGGAAUUAUAGGCCACAUUGGUUCUCUUUGGUUAUUGCUUUGUUCUUUUAUAUGCUGUUAUUGCAAACCCACUGAAUAUGGUUUAUUUGGGGGGUGGGGAUUGAAACGUUGACUGUCUUGAACAAUUGUACAAUCUACAGUCAUGUAUGAGAAAUGGCAAUGACUAGAAGGACGUCCAAAGGACCCCAAUGGAAGUGAAAUACAACUUUGACCUACAGUGUUUAACACACUAUUAAAGAUAACACUCUUGCUUGUUAAAAAAAAAACAGUUCUUGCCUAUGGGUCAGAAUUAUUUUUAAUAUUCAGGAAUGCAUCUGGAAUCUCUAUGAGUUUCUUUUUUAUAUGUGAUGUAGCUUAGAAAACAAGGGUGGGGGUAGGGGAGAGUAGGCUUUUUAAACUACAUGAAUGGACUCAGCUUAAUUUUUAUUUUGAGUUUUUUUAUAAGUAAAUUUUUUUUAUAAAUAAAAUAUUCAUUUCAAUGAGUCUUUGCAGAGUGAGCUAACGUAAUAAUUUCCACCAUUUUUAUCAGCUUCUAUUUGUCAGCGGAUGGGGAAGUAAAAAAAUAAAUCUGCUCAUGUACA